AUGUUUCUGAGAUCUCUUUCCGGCGUCCCGAGAUGUGUCUCAGGUGCAGCCCUACGACUCGAGUUCGCCCAGCCUUCAAUUGCUAGACGAGCAUGGAGCCGAGCCAUUUCCUACACCCUCCACCUAUUAGCAUCGGAUGCUCGAAUUAGAGGUGGCUUUUCCAAUCUGAUCCUAAGAGAUAUUCAUAAUUCCCCUUGGAAAACUACAAUUAACCUCAAAUUCCGCUCUCUUCUCAAUUUGAAUUGUAAAACUGUUCUUAACUUAGAGUGUAUCAGCCCGGUGGCCCUACCCCUAAUUAAAAAGAAACUACAGCAACUUGACUUCUCCAACACAGCUUCUUGUGCAAGAGGACCGUGUUCAGGCCUAGCCCUAGCUAUUCCACCCCUGAAGGGAUCCCUCUAUACUGCUUCACAAUUUCUUCGGAGACUAAGCGAAGGGCUUUUACCUGUGCCCGUCUCAACUGUUUUCCUACAGCAGUUCUGUCGGGUCGUUAUUCCAGAGUUCCCAUCGCAAACAGAACAUGCUCCUGUAAUGACACGGCCCUGGAGACUAUGGAACAUGUAA